CAUUGACCCCAAACAUUUUUCCUCAGACCAGACCGACCCAAAGAAGUUAACUCUGCGAAAGCAAAACAGCUCGAAGGCCUCUCUGCUCUCUCAUCUUCUUCCACACAAAUCCUCCCUUAUUAACCCUACAUUUAUCUUUCGUAAUUUCCUUGCAUAUAUAAUCAAGACAAAAAAACUAUAAUUUCUUGUCCAAAUUAACUAUGGCUCCGGAAAUUGUGUCAGUGAGAGGACAAAUGGUAAAACCAACGAUUCUAACCAAUAAUAAUAAUAAUAAUAAUAAUAAUAAUAAUAAUAAUAAUAAUAAUAAAAAUAAAAAUAAAAAUGCAUCAAAUACUAAAGCAUAUGUUACGUUCUUAACUGGAAAUGGGGACUACGUGAAGGGAGUCGUUGGUUUGGCUAAGGGUUUGAGGAAGGUACAAGCGGCGUAUCCGCUCGUGGUGGCGGUGCUUCCUGAUGUACCGGAGGAGCACCGCCGUAUAUUGGAGGCUCAAGGUUGCAUUGUUAGGGAGAUUGAGCCUGUUUAUCCACCCGAGAAUCAAACUCAAUUCGCCAUGGCUUAUUACGUCAUUAAUUAUUCCAAGCUUCGUAUAUGGGGGUUUGUGGAGUACGAGAAGAUGAUAUACCUAGACGGUGACAUACAGGUGUACGACAACAUUGAUCAUCUAUUUGAUUUGCCUGAUGGCCACUUUUAUGCGGUGAUGGACUGCUUCUGCGAGAAAACAUGGAGUCACACACCUCAAUAUAAAAUAGGCUACUGCCAGCAAUGCCCAGACAAAGUGAAGUGGCCCAAUGACAAUGAGGAAUUGGGUCAACCACCUUCCCUUUAUUUUAACGCUGGCAUGUUCGUGUUCGAGUCCGACCUUGACACUUACAAAGACCUCUUGAAGACCCUUAAGAUCACUCCUCCUACUCCCUUUGCUGAACAGGACUUCCUGAACAUGUAUUUCAAGAAUAUUUACAAGCCAAUACCUCUAACUUACAAUCUUGUCUUAGCAAUGUUAUGGCGUCAUCCAGAGAAUGUUAAAUUGGACGAAGUAAAAGUUGUACAUUAUUGUGCAGCGGGAUCAAAGCCAUGGAGGUACACAGGGGAGGAAGAGAACAUGGAAAGGGAAGACAAAAAAAUGCUGGUGAAGAAAUGGUGGGACAUUUACAAUGAUGGGUCCUUGGACUACAAGAAGCCGGUCAACCAAGGAGCGGAUAAUUCAGAACCCAUAAAUUUGCAGCCAUUGAUUGCAGCAGCUAUGUCUGAAGCUGGUGCAGCGCACUAUCUCACUGCGCCCUCCGCUGCUUAGGCACGGAGAAUAUAUAGACCGGGAUUUAACAAGGUUAAAGUUCCCCGAUUUUUUCUCUUGAGAGGUAGAACUUAGGGUUGAUUGCAGAGAGCAUGCAGUUAUCUUCCGAUAUAUAUUCUGUAAUUUGAAUGACAUACCUGAACCGCAGUAAUGUAUAAGAUGUAUGUUCUCUUGAAUGAAGAAUAUUUAUGGAUAGGAAUGGGAAACGUGGAUCUUGAUUU